UAACUACCUAAAUGGGUGAUAAUACAGGAAAUGAUAUGGCCUCUCUCAUUCUUGCCAAAGAAUGUGAACUUGAGGUCAGCAUGGCUGCUAAUAAACCCCCUCAAGCUCAGUUUAAGAAAAUGCAGACUCUUUUGCAGAUCUACUCUCAGGCUAUUGAGUAUUAUCAGUCUGUAGAGAGUGAGCUUUACAUCGACCUUAACUUAAGGAUGCAGAAUUUACUGACCAGGCCUGACAUCCUUGAGAUGAUUGAUAUCCACACUGGGAAAGGACAGGCUUCAGCCUGCUCUAAGGAGGAAUCAAUCCAGGAAGAGAAGCCUCAGAAGCGUGCUAAAGCACCUUCUAUGUCUCCUAAGAAUUAUACUGCCAGGCCUGAGAGAAAAACAGAAGAGAAUAGAUCUUCUGAGAGUCCAGAGACUAGGGACUCCUCGAUCCUCUUCGAGCAUCUCAACGAUCAGGGUGAGGAUCAUCCUGAUGAGGAAGAAGAUGAUCAGCCUUUUGGCAGAAGUACCUUCUGACUUAAGGAUUUGAACUCCUUAGCCGAUGAGAGAUCAAAUCUGAGAGCUACCUGAACUGGCGUCGCGCAAUUUGACGUUGACGAUCACUCUAAUGAGUUUGUAUAUCACAAGAAUGAUGGCCGAAACCGUCAUGGAGUAAGCUUUAAGGUCUGUAAAGACAAGAAGGACGGUGCUUUGGUCCGCCCAAAGCUGAUAUGUAAAAACCAGGAGAAAGGAAAAAUUCAUUCUGAACUUUUAAAUGAAAAUAAUGAAGAACUCAACUCCCUUCCAAUAGUUGAAGCCUCUAAGAAAGUUGUAGAAGAGUAUAACGAGGAGAGGCAAGAAGGUGAGACCAUUAGUUCUCUUGAGCAGAACAUUCGGGAACAAGAGUCUGCACUUAAGAUCCGCUUAUUAAAACGUGAGGCGAUGCUUGCUAAGAAGAAGCAGUUGAAUACUAGUCAGAGUGAUUCUUUUAACAGCUCAUCUAACCAGCAAUCCAGUUUUGAGACGUCUCCAAAAUUUUAGUCUUAUUUAAAUUUAUUUCGUAAUAUCAAAUCAUGAUAA